AUGGAUCACGACACCGACGACGAGUGGGACCCUCCCUCCGACGCCGAGGAGCAGUUCUUCGAUGAUGGGUACUGCCCAGAGGCGAUGCAAGUGGCCAACGCCGACGAAAUAUCAGGAAAUCGCCCUGUCAUCAAGACUGACAUGGACCGACCGUGCGCCAAAGUCUUCAGCAUGCCUGAGCUGAUGGAGAACAUCCUCCUCAUGGUAGCCGACGCCGCCGUCGAUGGCGCCAAUGCAUCGAGCACACCACGUCUCGAACCCAUCCAAACUCUCACCGGCUUGCCUCGCGUGAGCAGCGACUUCUUCCAGGCCAUGAAGACCACGAAGCUGGCACGCAGCAUUCGCAGCUGGCAGCACGAGAACCAAGAAGUGGUCGCCGAUCGUGGCAAGUUUAUGCAAAUAUGCCAGCUUGUUGGUGUCGAGAACGAAUACAACACCAUCGCCGCGAUCAACUACAGUACCGCCCCACGCCUCGACCUCACCUUCAGUCCCGGCCCUAAGGUCGAGGCAAAGCAUGCUCGCUGUCCAGUCUUCUGGCUCUUCCAGCACCUCAUCGAAAAGAAGAACCCUCAAUACAGGAUUGACGCUGAUGCAGGAUCUACCGGCAUACUCAGUGGUGGCAUUUCCAGUGGUGGCACACAUACUGCGCCACUCUAUCCUCCAGUACUUGCUGCAUAUUACACUGCCAACAGCCCAGAGGACGAUGACGACGAGGAGGAGGACGAGGAGGACAAGAUCCGCGUGGACCCAAUGCCUGGGACACUGGCGAUCACUAUCCCCAAGUUCUACCUCAACACCAACUCCCUCCAAGGCCCAACACGCAUGCUGAACACAUUCCUCAAGUCAAACAUGGCCGGCGAGAAAGCCACUUGGCGCAACAUCCAGGCCGUCAACGGCGACAAGCUUACUAUCAGCUUCGACAAUGUCUCUGCGCGGUAUGAUGGUAGUUCGAAGCGGCUCCACUACAAAGUGCGCCUCACCUUCGACCGUGAUGCAACUCUUGGCGAAGUCUUCCAGCAGUAUCACGACUUUGUCAAGCGAUCUCGAGAGGAGCACUGGAAGCUGAGUCAACACAAGGAUGCACGGAUCCAUGGCUACACCCAUCCUGCGUUCAAGCCGUAA